AUGAACAUGUAAAGAAAAAGCCAUUCUCCUGAAUUAAGAAAAGAGCUAGCUUUAAAAUUAUUGAGAAAUGAAAAACAUCCUUUUGUCUCCAAAUAAUCUUAAUCCCCAGAAAUAAAGAUGACCAGAUCAACAGUCUCUUAGAAGCGUAAGGCCCAAGAUCAUCCAGUCAAUUCCCCUAUCAUUGAGGAUCUUUUGAGACAAUGCAAAUUGCUAGAGGAAUUAGUUAAGAAGUCAAAGAAGAUUAUUGAUGAGAAAGAAACUAAAAUUUAACUUUUACUUCAAUUACUUAAACAAAGAGAAAACUGUUGCAAGGAGCUAUAAAUGUAAUCACACAAAUUAAUGGAAGAGAGGCAAAUUUUAAUAGAACACAUUACACAAUUAGAAAACUAACUCAAUCUAUAAGAGGAAGAAGAAGCAUAUUCGCAAGAUGGAUUUUAACAACAUAUGACGAAUUUAAAUGAUUUGAGACACUUUCUAAAUCAAAUUCGUCAUAGUAAUGAAGACAUCCCAGUUUUUGUUGAUGUUGAUAAUCUGACUUAUGAAUAACUUCUCCAACUUGAAGAUACUAUUGGGUACGUAAAUAGAGGUUUGAGCAAAGAACAAAUAAAAACUAUUCCAAAAAUAAGCUUUGAUUAAUGCAACACAGAUGAAUAAUUAUGCUCUAUAUGUUAAAUUGAAUUCGAGAGUACUGACAAAUGCAGAGCUCUUCCAUGCUAACACAUCUAUCAUUCAAAAUGCAUAAAACUGUGGUUAGGAAAAGAAAAACAUUGUCCGAUAUGUAAACAAGAACUGGAAAUUAAUCUGCCAAUCUAGUAUCAAACGGAAGAAUAAGUAAUGGUAGAACAAUGAAUUAAUAAAUUAUAUAUCUUAUAAUGUACAAUU